AUGGCGUCCAGCUUCGCUUCCAAGCGGCUGGCCAAAGAGCUUUCCAAGCUCAACACCGACCUACCCCCUGGUAUUGAUCUCAUUUCGGCCGACAACUUUGAAGAAUGGUUCAUGGACAUUAGGGUUUUGGACGACAACCCGCUGUACAAAGACCAGGUCUACAGACUCAAGUUCAAGUUCUCACAACAAUACCCUAUAGAACCCCCAGAGGUUACCUUCGUUAAGACGACCGAGCGACCGAUUCCCAUGCACCCUCACAUCUACUCUAAUGGCAUAAUUUGCCUGGACUUGCUCGGCAGCCAGGGCUGGAGUCCCGUGCAAAACGUUGAGAGCGUCUGCAUGAGCAUACAGAGCAUGCUGACUGGCAACGAGAAAAACGAAAGACCGGCGGGGGACGACGAGUUCGUCAAAAGCAACAGACUGCGACCUAGAGACAUUGACUUCUAUUAUCAUGAUAACACUGUCUGA